CCUGAAUGAGAAAUGGAAACUGCAGAUCCGUCUUUAGUGGACCAGAUGACCAGGUUGAAAUUAAAACUGUUGGAAAAGAAACUGGAGAACGAACGAGAGAACUUGGACGAACGUUCAGAUACAGCAGCAUCCACAGCACGCAGUUUGGAUGGACAAGGCGAUGCGCUACACCAUGCACUGAAGCGAAGAAAAGGCUUGCUGCAAAAACUGAGGGAGCAGCACAUAUUGGAUGAGUGCUCCCGGCCACAUACCUGGGGAGGAACCCGGAGACGGCACCGCCGGCUGGAGCCCAUUCAUCAGGCACCACCAAUUCAGGUCUACCAGCAUCAUCCACCAGAACCACCUCAGAUCAUCCAACAUACGCUUCCCCAGCAGCCCUCAACAAUCAUACAGCAGUUACCACAGCAACAACCACUCAUCACACAGAUCCCACCUCCACAAACUCUUCCACCAAUCAGGUCAGGCAGCAUCAAGGAAGACAUGGUGGAGCUGAUGUUAAUGCAAAAUGCCCAGAUGCAUCAAAUCAUUAUGCAUAAUAUGAUGUUGAAAGCACUACCUCCAAUGGCAUUCUGUCAGCCCAGCAACUGUGGUUCUGUCAGUCCUGUGGUUUCUCAUGGACAGGAUGUUCAGCCAGCAGUGCCACUUGUUGUGAAAGCUGAGAAAUCUCGUCCAUCUUCCGUGCACCACCAUCACCACUACUCUACGCAGGGCCAACCCACACCGCAUCCACCUCUCCCACCAAUAGGACACCCAUUGUGGCCAUCCUUGCUACCUUCCAACCCCAUGGCGCAGCACAGCAGUAUCCAGCCUUCAGUUCAACAUGUUAUGGGCCCAACAGUGACGCUCCCUGCAUUACAGACGGAAGCAGUUGAUGGAAACUACUCCCGAAUGCCUCCUGGACUGUAGGUGCUGAAUGCUCCAUACCUGAAGGUGAUGUGUGUUAAG